AUGUCUUUACCAAUUCCUGAUUUAAGGUUUGAACAAUCAUUCAUCAGCCAGUUAAAUAAGUAUGCGGGCAACAAACAACCAGACCAAAAAAAACUACAACCAUUGAGUAGUAAGAAAUAUAACCAUAUUGCCACUUUAACUGAUGAUGAUUUGAAGUUAAUGAAUGAAGAACUAGACAUUGAAGAAGAGGAAGAAAUAGAUAACUACACUGAUAAACCACAGCCCAAACCACUUGCUCCUAUAACCCCUUCGAUAGUCAUUUACGCUAUAAUAAAGGAUCAAAUGCUUAUGCCUUUAUUACAAGGAUUCUUAUGGACAGGAGUGCUACUUUGUGUACGUCCACUUUUAAAAUUGGUAGUUAGAAACGGUCAAUACGCCGGACAUUGGGUGUCUAACUUGUUGGGACUAAAUAGAUUGGCGACAUCUCGCUCUUCAUUACAUUCCAGAAGAAGUUUCAGUUAG